AUGAAACACUGUCCGGCCCGCUCCGCCCUCACCAUUCAACAGGUCGUCAACAUAAAAUCUACGUUCCCAUGCCUGAGCCCACUGUUGCCGCCACUGUGUCCGUCCAUCUCAUCCAAGCCCGUCCUCUCUUUUGCCAAGCUUGAUGCCCGUCUCCAGGAACAGCAGCCGAGCUGGACGGAUGACCUGCCACUCUGCCACCUCUCUGGAGUGGGCUCAGCCUCCAACCGCAGCUACUCUGCUGAUGGCAAGGGCACGGAGAGCCACCCCCCAGAGGACAGCUGGCUCAAGUUCAGGGGUGAAAAUAACUGCUUCCUCUAUGGCGUUUUCAACGGCUACGAUGGCAACCGGGUGACCAACUUUGUGACCCAGCGGCUGUCGGCGGAGCUCCUGCUGGGCCAGCUCAGCGCCGAGCACACCGAGGCUGAUGUGCGGCGUGUGCUGCUGCAGGCCUUUGACGUGGUGGAAAGGAGCUUCCUGGAGUCCAUCGACGACGCGCUGGCCGAGAAGGCUAGUCUGCAGUCCCAGCUGCCCGAGGGCGUCCCGCAACACCAGUUGCCGCCUCAGUACCAGAAGGUCCUUGAGAGGCUCCGGGUGCUGGAGAGGGAGACUUCAGGAGGAGCCAUGGCCGUGGUGGCCGUCCUGCUCAACAGCAAGCUCUACGUCGCCAAUGUCGGUACAAACCGAGCACUGCUAUGCAAAUCCACGGUGGACGGGCUCCAGGUGACGCAGCUGAACGUGGACCACACGACCGAGAACGAGGACGAGCUCUUCCGCCUGUCACAGCUGGGUCUGGACACAGCAAAGAUCAAGCAGGUGGGAGUCAUCUGUGGGCAGGAGAGCACCAGGCGCAUCGGGGACUACAAAGUCAAGUACGGCUACACUGACAUCGAACUGCUCAGCACUGCCAAGUCCAAGCCCAUUAUCGCGGAGCCUGAGAUCCACGGCGGGCAGCCACUGGAUGGGGUGACGGGCUUCUUGGUGCUGAUGUCUGAGGGGCUCUACAAGGCCCUGGAAGCUGCCCACGGGCCUGGGCAGGCCAACCAGGAGAUCGCAGCCAUGAUCGACACAGAGUUCGCCAAGCAGACCUCCCUGGACGCAGUGGCACAGGCCGUGGUGGACCGCGUGAGGCGCAUCCACAGUGACAGCUUUGCCAGCGGCGGGGAGCGCGCCAAGUUCUGCCCCUGGCACGAGGACAUGACCCUGCUGGUGAGGAACUUCGGCUACCCACUGGGUGAGAUGAGCCAGCCCGCUGCAAGCCCGGCUCCAGCUGCAGGAGGCCGCGUGUACCCCGUGUCGGUGCCCUACUCAAGCGCCCAGAGCACCAGCAAGACCAGUGUGACACUGUCCCUCGUCAUGCCCUCCCAGGGCCAGAUGGUCAAUGGGGCCCACAGUUCUGCCACCCUGGAUGAAGCCACGCCCACCCUCACCAACCAGAGCCCGACGCUGACGCUGCAGUCCACCACCACGCACACGCAGAGCAGCAGCUCCAGCUCGGACGGCGGCCUCUUCCGCUCACGGCCCGCCCACUCGCUCCCGCCGGGCGAGGACGGCCGCGUGGAGCCCUACGUGGACUUUGCCGAGUUUUACCGCCUCUGGAGCGUGGACCACGGGGAGCAGAGUGCGGUUACGGCGCCGUAGCUCCGGCUGGACCCUGAGCUGUGCCAGGGUUUCCCGAGACCCCGCCCCCCUCACCGACCAGCACGCACUGCCCUGGAAGGGCUCCAGGCUGCUGCCCCGGUGUCCCUCCCCACCACCCAAAAAAAAGCUUCCCCUCAGCCCCUCCCUCCCCCAGGCCAGAGGGGGUGGCACAGGCUUCUGCCCCAUCCUGGGGGGCAGCAAGAGGGAGCUGGUUCCAGAGAAGCACCCCUGGGGCACUUGAAGAGGUGGGGUGGAGCAGGGCUGAGCUCCCAGAGGGGGCACAGGGAGGGAGGCAGGCUGUGCCCACACUGCCUGGGCCCUUCCGGAAGUAGACAGGUCCCGAGCCAGCUGGGGCCACCGGAGAGGCACUGUCCUGACCACAGCUUGGGGCCAGAGAUCUCGGUGGGAGGUCCAGAGCCAGAAUGGGGGAGGGGCGGCUCCUGACAGGAAAAGACCCUUUGAGGUCAGCUCUGCAGACUCCAGGCUAGCCCUGUGGGGACAGAGGGGUCCCACCUGCCCACUGGGCUCCAGGACCGUGCCCCAACACCCCAUACCGUUCUUUGGGCCAGCAGAUGGAAUUCCCAGGGGAGCCGCAGCCCAAGCUGAGUUAGGUGGACACUACCCCACGCCGCCAAGAAGUAACAGCGAGCUCCUCCCGCCUCUCAAGACCCCGACCACUCAGAGGGGCUGCUGUGCCAUGCAAGGAAGGGCCUGAGCUGGGAUCUGAACCCAGGCCCCAGGCGCCUUUUGAUCCGCUGCCCUGCCAGCCCGGGAAGGAAAAGCACUGGGCGACUUGGCGUCCCUCCCAGUCUGAGCUGACCAGGCUGGAGUGCCUGGAGAGGCGCUCCCCACAUCCUCGCCGCCUGCCCCAGGACCACAUCCCGGCUCUUGGCCUGGGGUCACUGGCCCCGGCCCAUGAUGUGUGUGCUUUGUGUCCCUUUGUUUUGUUUUUGUUUGGGUGGAAAAUUCUCUGAACAGUGGGCUACAAAGUGCCUCUUCAUGAGUUCUGAAACUCAGAAUGCAUGCUUCCAAAGGACAUCUGCUGCUGGCGGGGAGAUGGGAUGGAGGCCAGCCCGGUGCUCACCCACUGCUCCUGCUCGGCAGCAAGGCUGAGCCCUGUGGGUGCUGGCUCCCGGGUGCAUCGCUGCCUUCAGUAUCUUUGGCCUCUGACCCCAUCGGAGGGCUGGCAUCGGACUUCAGCCUCUCCUCUCUCCCCUUCCCCAAUCUGGGACCUUGCUGCAGCCAUCCACCCUGUCACCCAGCAUCUGAGGCCCAGAGAUCUCAGAUCCUGAUCACACGUGGCUACCUGCACUGCCCUGCUGUCCUGGGACCUGCCCCACCCCUUGACGGGGUGGUAGUGGUGGUGGUGGGGGAACCAGCCCAGCCCCCAGGUUCCCUUUAGUGGAGAGCUGGAGCAUUUGGGGACUUAGAAACGGGACCAGGGGUCAGGCCAGCAGGCAGCUGCACAGUGGGGGUUCAGCUGAGCCUAAACCAGAAAUCAUGUGGUUUGUGGAAGACCAGGGUUUAGGGGGACCCUAAGGCCCUUGCCAGUCUUGACCUAAGCUCAUCCUCUGAAUCCAUGCUGACCUUUAACCACCCUGAGAAAACCUCUGUCCCCGGCAGAGUGUGUUGGAAAGGAGAUGACCACUGCCCCCCACCCUGGGAGGAGUUGCUGGGCCCUGGGGAGCCUUCCAGGCACCUGGAUGUAGAGGUACCUGGGUCACACGGAACAAAGCUGGCUCUCAAGUGGCCUGGUGUCCCCAGGGCCAACCCUGUCAACCCUUCUAAUCUGUACUUUUACCCCAAUCCCAUCCCAGUCCCACCACCCCACCCCCAAUCUGUAGUCCUUCCCCUGGCCACAGUGAAGAACUGAUGUUCCAGUCAUGGUCUUGUGAUAGUAGUCAGGAGUCCUGGUGACCCAGUAAGUUAGGAGUUUGGGCUGCUAACAACAAGAUCACUAGUUCAAAACCACC